GUUUGAACUGUAUCGGGUAAAGGAUUUUUUUGAAAAGGUGAACUAGAAACAAGAAAAUGAUGUCAAGUGUUUAUUGUGGUUUGGAGUUAGUACACCGAAGUUUGCGGCAAUAGACUUCAAGAUGGACACGUUGGCUAUUGUGACGUCACUCAUAGGCCUCAUUUGCUUAGGUCCAGCUGAAUGUGGUCUAAACGAUGAUUACGUAGGCAACGGCGAGGCGCCUUAUAUAAUAGAACAGCCUUUAGACGUCACCGUAGCUCGACAUCAACCUGCGACAUUGAACUGCAGAGCCGGCGGUUCUCCUACACCAACCAUCAGAUGGUACAAAAGUGGUACUUUAGUAGUCUCCGAUACUCAUAGAAGUCUACUUCCCGCUGGAGACUUGUUCUUUCUUAGAGCGACACACGGUAGAGCACAUUCAGACGCUGGAGUGUAUUGGUGCGAAGCAGCGAAUCCUUAUGGAACUGCUAGAAGCAGGAAUGCUACAUUGCAUGUUGCUGUGUUACGCGAAGAAUUCCGUCUGGAGCCGGUGACGACGCAAACAGCGCAAGGUGAGACGGUAAUACUAGAAUGUUCACCGCCGAGAGGAUCCCCGGAGCCUUCAGUUUAUUGGAAAAAGAACGGACAAGUUCUACAUUUUGAUGGUGAUUCGAGGAUGCAUUUAGUGGAUGGGGGCAGCCUCGUGAUACAAGAUGCGCGACAAACCGAUACUGGCAGAUAUCAGUGCCUUGCUAGAAAUGCUGCUGGUACUAGAGAAUCUGCUGUUGCAACGUUAAAAAUACACAUUAAACCGUAUUUGAUCUCUGGGCCGGAGGAUAUAGUCGCGCAGACCGGAGGUAGCGUGACGUUUCAGUGCCGAGUGGGCGGCGACCCCCUGCCCGACGUAUUGUGGCGGCGCACGGCUGGCGGCGGGAACAUGCCACUCGGUAGAGUUAAAGUUUUAGACGAUAGAAGUCUUCGCUUGGACAACGUCAUACUAGGAGACGAGGGAGAAUACACAUGCGAAGCUGAUAACUCAGUGGGUGCUGUGAGCGCAAGCGGCUACCUUACUGUGAAUGAUCCUCCUACAGUAAUUUUGAAACCAAAUAGUGUGAUAGUCGAAAGUGAUUCAAUAGCUACGUUCACAUGUACGACAUCUGGAAAGCCGGAUCCGACUAUAUUUUGGAGUGUAGAAGGCAAUCGAACUAUUAUUCUACCAGGAAUGUCCAAAGACAAAUAUUACGCCUCACCAGUCAUUAACGGAGUUUCAACUCUCACAAUUAACGAUACGAAGAAAAAUGACAGUGGAAGCACGAUAGUUUGCUCCGCGGUCAACUUUGCUGGAAGUUCAUUUAUUCGAGGGAAACUGACCGUAACAUCGGACGAUGACCGACCGCCGCCGAUCAUAACAAACGGUCCCUCUAACCAAACGUUACCUAUAAAAUCGAUGGCAGUUUUCCCCUGUUCGGCGAUUGGCACACCUGAACCGGUCAUAGCUUGGUAUUUUGAAGGGGAAGCUUUGAUACAAAACUAUAGAAGAAAUAUUUCAAACGGUGGCACUCUUAUUUUGAAAGAUUUAGAUAAAAGUGAUAGCGGCACAUAUACCUGUGUAGCUUCUUCGCCCCAAGGAAAAUAUGUUUGGAGCGGGGUUUUGAUUGUAGAUACCCCAACAAAUCCUAACAUACAUUUUUUUAGAGCCGCAGACAAUUCCUCACUACCGGGACCACCUACGAAGCCACAAAUAUUUAACAUUACAGAAACUAGUGUAACACUUACGUGGAAUCAAAACAAUAAAAUUGGGUCGUCAUCAAUUUUAGGAUAUCAAAUUGAAGUAUUUUCCCGGGAGACUCUUUCGGGUAACAAUACACCGAGAAAUUCCCGUGGUUGGGUUACUGUAGCAAAACGGAUACAUCAUACACAGUACGUUGUGAAGUCUCUUAUACCUGGGAUUACUUACAUGUUCAUCAUUAGAGCAGAAAAUUCUCACGGACUGUCAGCACCUAGUCCAGUAUCUGAUUCAGUAACAGUCGGCGAGGAUAAUUUAUGGUCCAAUGGAAUUUUCUUGAACAGUACUGAGAAUAGAAAUAAUAUAAUGACAGACAAUAUCGUAGAGCUCAUUGAAGCGACUCCGAUCGAUUCAAAAACAAUAAAGCUUAUGUGGGAAAUUUUAAAUUUCUUUUAUCUUGAAGGUCUUUUUAUAUAUUUUCGUCCCUUGGAUAAUUCCACAGAAGAAUAUGAAAUGAAAACUAUUUUGCAUUCAAACGAUGUAUCCGGAUACGAAAUAACAUCUUUAAGGAAAUAUACUAAAUAUGAGUUUUUCCUCAUACCGUUUUAUAAGAAAUUUGAAGGGAAACCUUCCAAUUCUAGGGUUGCCCAAACUUUAGAUGAUGUGCCAGAUGGACCUCCUAUAAAUAUUGAAUUGCUCAUAUUGAAUUCAACAACAGUUCAUUUGAAAUGGUUUCCACCAGAAGCAAACCUGCAAAAUGGCAUCAUUAUCGGUUACAAUGUUCUAGUAAAUUGGUUAGAUAUCCCUGCAAAUAAAUCAAUGGUGGCAAUAAACACGACAGUUCAACAAGCAACUAGUCUAAUAAUGACAAAUCUAACGACAGGAGUAAGUUAUUCCGUACAAAUUGCAGCUGAGACAUUGGUUGGUUUAGGACCAUUUAGUCAAAAAGUGUACUUUAACACAGAUUCUCGAUCUAUAGGAUUAGAUCCGUUGUCGAGGUAUCCAAUAAAUGGCGAAGUGUCCAUAGUAGCUGGAGAUUUUGUGCUAGAGUCAUGGUUCUACUUCCUUAUUGGAGCCAUAAUAUUAUUCAAAAUUAUAAUGAUCGGCGGUAUCAUUUAUGUGCGAAAGCAUAAUAUUUUUGCAAAAAAAUCUGCUCUACCAAACAUAUACGAUUCCAAUGGAACGAGUUUGGUUACUCAAAUGAAUAUAAAAGCUGCAGUAUCUUUGUCUCAUCCACUGAGCAGCUGCUACAAUAAAAAUGCGGUAACAAAAACAGAAUCUCUCCUAUGGAUGGAAAACCAACCUGGCUUGUGUAUGUCUGGUACACAUACAAGUCAGAGCAAAGAUAAAACAAAUACAGAAUAUGAUAAAGUAGCACAGCCAUUACCUGAAUAUGCUGAAGUAUCAUCUUCGAGAGUGAAUGGCAACGAGUGGAACACUACUAAAACUGUGAAUAGCCCCGCAGCGUACGCUUCAGUAACUCUAGUUGCUAACACUCGGCAGUGCGUUAGCUCACUGGGCUGGUUUCCUCCAGGAAGCAAAAAUAUAGAUAAUUUUGAUAAUUCCUAUAUGCCGGAUGAAGAACUGUAUCCCGCAAGUAAUGGCGGCUAUUACAACCGAAAUGUAUAUAGUGAGAAAUACUUUCAAGGACAUCCUAAUGUAUUGAAGUUUCACGACCUUCCGUCUUUAGACAAAACACAGAAGGUCCAAAUAAGAUAUAAUCAGAGCUUAGAAGAGAGGAAAAGCGAUAAGAAUAUCAAAACGGAUGUUACCCAGUCGUUAAUUGGACGACCAUGUAUUAAUUCGCGAAAUAAUUCUGAAUCCGAGGCGACAUACAGAGCCUUUGGUGAAGAAGAGUCGGAUGAAGAAAACUAUUCAGUUGAAUUAGCUUACGAUGAAUUGAAUCAACAAAGGCACAGAGCUAAACAUCAAUACGAAAGGCCUAAUUUCGACAACGAUGGUACACGGACACUAGCCCGAUUGACGUCAUUCAGGCACGGCCAGACGGCGCUGAGUGGCGCGUCGCAAGCCCCCCUCGCAUCUGCACACCCACCCCCAGCGCCCCACCCGCGUGUUGAUUCAGUGACACGGUAGUAUCACGCCCUGCCGGUUUUCGGCGACUUGUGCCAAACGGACGUUUAGACCGACUUGUUCCACAAGAGUAUAUUAAUUUAGUGACGUCAUUAGAGAUCGCAGCUCUUCCUUACACUGUAGAGAUCUUUUCGAUGUUUCAUAUUAUGUAUAUUUUCUGCCUUGAUUGGACUCCUCAGACACUUUCUGUUAAAAAAAAACUAUUUCUCGAAU